UAUGCCGAGUUUACGAAGCAUUGAAAGACGUCUGUCAAAGGACUCUACAAAGGCAGCUGCAUACAAUGAAGAAAUUAAAAAAUUGGAGGAGGCUGGAUAUGUUGUUAAGUUACCAGCAGAAACAAUCACCUCCUCUGAAGAAUCUUGGUUUAUUCCUCACCAUCUGGUUCAGCAUAAUGGUAAGAACCGGGUUGUAUUCAAUUGCUCCUUUAAAUAUCAUGGACAUAGCCUGAAUGAAUACUUGCUCCCUGGGCCAGCCCUCAGUCCGUCCCUAUUAGGAGUGCUCUUACGUUUUAGGGAACAUCCUGUAGCAGUAGGUAGCGACAUUAAAGGAAUGUUUCACCAAAUCCGCCUUUUACCUGCAGAUAAACCUCUUCUCCGUUUUGUAUGGCGUAAUUUGGAAAGUAGCAUUUCCCCCCUUAUCUAUGAAUGGCAAGUACUUCCCUUUGGCACCACCUGUAGUCCUUGUUGUGCCAUUUUUGCUCUUCAACGACAUAUAAUGGACAACACUGAAUCAGGGGAUGAGAUCCGAUCCUUAGUUGAAAGGAACUUCUAUGUAGACAACUAUUUGCAGAGUCUACCAUCAACCCAGAGGGCAAAGCAACUGAUAGACAAACUAAGAGAUCUUUUGUUAAAUGGUGGAUUUGACCUUCGUCAAUGGACUAGCAAUUUUCCCAAGAUACUAGAACAUCUGCCACAAGAAGCUCGUUCAAUCAGUACAGAACUCUGGUUGUCUCAGGAUCGAUCAGAUUCCACAGAAUCCACUUUAGGCUUGAAGUGGCAUUGUUCCUCAGACACGUUCAAGUACAAGUCUCAUCCAGUGCAGAAGACAAUGGUUACUAUGCCACAUAUACAGAGUACUCGCCAGUCAGUAUGA